AUGUCGCAACAGCCCUUUGUCCAGCCUGGGGAGCCCCUCAACGACUUUUUGCGCAAUUUUUGGCAGCGACAGGUGGAUGCGGCUGAGCAGGAGACACCGGAUUAUAGGCAUCCGCCGCUGCCUUUGGCGAGGAUCAAGAAGGUUAUGAAGAGCGAUCCUGAUGUCAAGAGAUCUUUGACGAAUCAUCGUCCUCCUUUAGAUGAUUGCUGCAGACGGCAAGUCUUCACCUCGCUCCAAAACAUAAAGCUUAUUCCUUACUCCACCACAGCACCCAUACUCUUCUGUAAAGCAUGCGAAAUCUUUAUAUCCGAAAUAACCGCGAGGGCAUUCAUUAUCGCCGACUCUAAUAAACGCCGGACGCUGUCCCGCUCAGAUAUUGCCAAAGCGCUCAGCAAGUCUGACCAGUUUGACUUUUUGAUCGACAUUGUGCCGAGGGAGGAGAUGUCUUUUCAUGGCGCAUCCUCUGCGAAGAAGCCGAGUAAUCUCGUCACCAGGCCGCUGGAUGAUCCCAGGCAUAGCCCGAGCGUGCUGACAGACGGUCAGUCGCCGCUGGACCUUGGGGACGACGGUUCGAACCACAGCAGAGGAGGUACGAGUCAGAAUAUCGUGGAGCAGCUUGAAUCGCUAUUGGCACAAGGGCCAGCCCCGGCGCACUCGAUAUUACACCAGACGUCAGCGACGCCCACGCCUCCCAUAGACCACCACGUCCAGCAACACCCGCACCCGUGA